AUGGCACCUACUACAUCAAAGUGGAACCCAAGGGGCUGGCAGAAGAAAUGGAAAGUCACAGCCGUCAUCGCCACGAUCAUCGCCAUUAUCGUUAUCAUCGUUGCAGCAGUAGAAGGCACCAAACAUCACAAAUCGAAGAAUUCAUACCCGGAUUACCACGCCCUCAACUACACGCUCGAAGAUAGAUGGCAAGGAACCAAUUUCUUCGAUUAUUUCGACUAUCACUCUACAGCAGAUCCUGCUAAUGGCUUUGUCAACUAUGUAGACCAAGCUACCGCCAUGUCCACCAAUUUGACCUAUGCUGGCGACUCAACUGCUUUCCUGAGAGCAGACUCUACAGACACCAACGCAAAGAACGGUCGCAACUCUGUUCGCAUCUCAUCCAAGAAACAAUUCCACUCUGGUCUUUUCGUUUUCGACAUCAAGCAUACGCCUUAUGGCUGUGGAUUAUGGCCUGCUGUCUGGCUUGCUGAUCCUAGCGACUGGCCGGGCAACGGAGAGAUUGAUGUCGUCGAAACCGUCAAUCAAGGAAACACUGGAAAUCAGAUGGCUCUGCACACCUCUAAGGGUUGCAAAAUGAAUGCCCGACGCGAACAGACGGGUACUGUUAAAGGCACCAAUUGCUACAACGGUACAAAUGACAACGCUGGCUGCGCAGUGAUGGGCUCUUCUAGUUCAUACGGCGCUGAAGCUAAUGAGGACGGUGGCGCAGUCUACGCAAUGGAGCUUCGCGACGCUGGUAUCCGCAUGUGGAUCUUCAACCGUGACUCGCCUCCUGGAGAUCUUAGACCUAACAACGAUACUACUCCUGAUCCUUCAUCAUGGGGUCUCCCCAUUGCCGACUUCCCUAGCACAGAAUGUGACAUUGGCUCUCAUUUCAAAAACCAAUCAAUCAUCGCAAACAUCGACUUCUGCGGCUCUUGGGCAGAUAGUGUUUACUCGAGCCAAUUCAAAUGUCCUGGAAAGUGCGAGGACUUUGUCGCGACGAAUGCUACAGCUUUCGAGAAGGCUUACUGGGAGUUUGCGAGCUUCAGAAUCUACUCGACGAAUGAGUAA